AUGCACCUGCCAUCUCGCAAAGGCAACCCAACUCUACGAAGCACCUCUCUGCCGACUACUUUCCUGAAAAUGGCUUCCACACCUCAAUGCCACGUGCGCCGUUCUCCGCGCCUCUGGCGCAUCUCUCCGACUCCCACCAUUCGGAAGACGGGGGCCACCAACGCAAAGUCUCUCACUAUUGCUUCCUCGUCUGCAGCGGGCGUUUCUGACCAAAUAUUAUCCCCCCUCCAUACGGUAUGUACGACUGAAUUCUUUGUCGUUAAAAAUCCUGUUGGCUCUGACAAAGGUCCAUCCCGUCGGAGAUCUAAGGGCUUUGUGAAUUUUCGGGGUCGAGGAUAG